AAGAAGCCCUUUCAAAGCCACCUUAGUAUGACGUCACAGUCCAAGAUGGCGCUCCCCUUGCGGACUAACUUGAAACAUCUCUUCAGAUUCAUUCAGAAGUUUAAUUCUCCGAAAAGAUUCCUGAGCGCUGGGGCCUGCACAGAAAACAAGGAACCUCCAGGACGUGGGCGCGUAUUCUCGGGGAUCCAGCCAACUGGGGUGCCCCACCUGGGCAACUACCUGGGUGCCCUGGAGAACUGGGUGGCCCUGCAGAACCAGUAUCCUUCAGUGCUCUACAGCAUUGUGGACCUGCACUCCAUCACCCAGCCUCAGGACCCGGCCCAACUCAGGAGCAACAUACUGGAUAUGGCAGCCAGCCUGCUGGCCUGCGGCAUUGACCCAGAGAGGGCAAUACUGUUCCAGCAGUCUCAGGUGUCCGAACACGCUGAGCUCUCCUGGAUCCUCGGCUGUCUGACCAGCAUGCCCCGCCUCCGACACCUGCCGCAGUGGAAGAUGAAGAGCAAACAAAAGAAUGAAGGCAGUGUUGGUCUCUACACGUAUCCUGUCCUCCAGGCUGCCGAUAUUCUCCUCUACAAGUCCACUCACGUCCCCGUCGGAGAGGAUCAGGUCCUGCAUUUAGAGCUGGCUCAGGAUCUCGCACGCAUCUUCAACAACCGCUACGGAGACCUGUUCCCUGAACCCAGCGCCCUGCUCAGCUCUACACGAAAAGUCAAAUCCCUGCGUGACCCUUCUUCCAAAAUGUCCAAAUCUGAUCCCCAAACGAUGGCGACGAUUACCAUCACAGACUCUCCUGAUGACAUUGUCCUCAAGGUUCGCCGUGCUGUCACUGACUUCACCUCUGAGGUCACCUUUGACCCGGAGACGCGGCCAGGUGUGUCCAACCUGGUGACAAUCCAUGCUGCCAUGGCGAUGAUCAGUGUGGAGGAAGCGGUGUCUCAGGCCAGAGGGUUGGACACAGGUGCCUAUAAGAUGCUUGUAACUGAGGCUGUGAUCCAGAGGUUGACGCCCAUCAGAGAGGAGAUUGAGAGGCUGAGGUUAGAUCGUGCUCACCUGGAGGGAGUGCUGGCCCAGGGGACCCGCAGGGCUCGGGAACUGGCUGCACUGGUCCUCAGAGAGGUCCGACAGCGAGUUGGAUUCCGCUGAGCGUCAGCAAGGCCGUAAAAUCAAGCCACAUGUAUACUGCAGGCCUUGCUCAGUACUUAACUGCUGCUGAUAUCAAAUUGUAUUACAAUGACUGUUUACAUUUCUAGGAUAUUCAAGGAUGUAACUCAUUUCAUAACAAAAUGUGUGAAGCAAUUUGGAAAAGACUCAACUGCAGAGUAAGAGUCUGAUUGGCGGACGAUGAGGAGGCUGUGUCUUUUAAUGCAGUGGUAAUGUUGGUCUGAACACAGCCAAACAAGAAGGAAACAUGAAUUGCCACAAACUCGUUUUGAGGACAUUGCAGCUUAUUUAUCUGCCUUUGAGUUUUGGCUGUACUGUAAGUGUAUAGUCUUUUUGAUAUUCUCCAAUAUAAGUCCUCAAUGCUAACAAUGCUCUGCCAUGUCACCAAAAUAAUAAAAAUGUCCUUAUUAUAAGAGGUAACAUUUACUUAUUAAAUUAUACUUAUUUGGUUUGAGUGUUCAAAUGCAAGUUGACUUUAGGUCACAGGGGUUGAGAUCUGAUGUUGUAGUAUGUGUCCAUAGUUCUGUUUGCAACUGGCAGCUCAGUCAGAUGUUUGUAAAUCUGGAUUAGAAUAAGAUUGGAUACAAGAAAUCUGAAAUGACAUGAAAGAAUAACAAUUUAUAAAUUUUUUUUUUUUUUUUUUUUUUUUUUUUACAGAUUAUGGCAAAUAAGAUUCAAACCAGAUUCACUGGUGGUUUGACAUCUGUUUCAAUUAAAUUUUAGUUAUAUAGUGCCAAUUCAUAACAGAAGUUAUCUCAUUGCACUACUCUUUAUAGUUUUAUUUACAGAGACCCAACAAAUCCCACUAAGAGCAAGCACUUUGGCGACAGUAACAAAGAAAAACUUCCUUUUAAGAAGCAGAAACCUCGAGCAGAACCAGACUCGGGGUGGGCCGCAGUCCUUUAUUGCUUCAAACAUUAUUUUUUAAUGUGUUCUCCCCUGAGCGCUCAAACACAACAGUAAACACAACACAGUUCAUGAAAGGUGCUUUACAAAGCUGGCAGAAAUGGAAGAAAGGUGAGAACUGUGAAAAUACAAAUAAAAGUACAAAUUCAAGAAGAAAAAAAACCUCCUACAGAUAUACAGAAUACAACAUUUGGUCUCAGACAAAUGCAAGCAAAGCUCAGGCGCUGUGAAAAGCUAGGGAGUAAAAAUGCAUAAGUAUCAGUCUACAGGACACUUUGUGAUGAUGGACUGCCUGCAGUACAGACAGUAUAUGAGAAAUGAAACCGAGAGAUGACUGAAGAGGUUCUGUGGUGCAGGAAUUGACAGUGAAGAUCAUUGAAAAUAAUUACUGGGUGUAAUAACUCAAGAAAAUGUGAUCUUCGACACAAAAAAAGGUAAAUUACUCCUGUUUGUACUGAAGAUCACUGUGGAGCAUCAUCUUUUCCAAGACUACAAUCUAGUUUGAUUCGUUGUUGCUUGCUCAUUUCAUACAGUGCAGUACAGCAUUGUUUACGGUAGCAAAAUCAGUGCACAUCAUGCACAAAGCCACACACAGUGGUGGGAAAAAAGCAUUCAUGCAACUGAAUAAUUGUCCCAUCUGCUGAUCUUCCGCCCUGCUGCAGGGAAACUCUCAGCUCCGCUGCUUCAAGACGCGUCAUCGCAACUCAUGAGUCCAAAUGUAAAAGGCUUGAAUUUCGAGGUAAAGACUUGAAACUGAGCACUGAUAUUAAGGUGAUAGUGUGUGGUGGUUAUAGUUAAUUCUGCUUGUUACUGUUGUCGUUUGCUUGUUUCACAGUUUUGUCUUUUUGUGUUUUGAAAAAGAUGAAUGAGAAGGUAUGUUUUUUUUUGUACAUGUGCAGCUCGGUAGUUUCGUCAUCCUUUUCAUUGACAUUUCAUUAACAUUGAUUUUGUUGACGUCUUGAGACACAGACAUGCAUAUUCUGUGCAUACACAAACUGAUACGUGCACACUCAUGCACAACCUUACACUUCUACACUGUAAUGCUUCUCUGUUGAUUAACAGCCACACACACACACACACACAUACACACACACACUCUUGCACUUGCAGCACACACUUAAAAAGAUACUUGUGCGUGCACAUAAUUCCACACCAACUGCACACACAUGAACACUUGAUUAAACUUUAAAUGUAUCUAAAUUUUAA